GGCUGCAAGGGCUCAUCUUUCCUUUCUGACUGCUUCACCUCACAGGGGCUGCUGCCGAGAUGGAGAUUUGUCCCAGCUGUUUCAGGACACAGGGAGGGAUGUGAGCUGGGAGUCCAGGCUCUGACAACCUGCGGAUAGAGGGGAAUCCCUGAUGAGUAAUGCCACACGUGCUGUGUCCUCUCCUGUGGCACCUGGCACCCUGGGGCCUGGCACUGUGGCCCAGCUGGCCUCAGCCCUCCCAUCCCCAGCCUUUUCCCUGCGGAUGGCUGCCCACAACAACUCCCAGGAUGGCCAGCAGCUCUUCCUGACCACGACAACGGCGCAGGCCAUCUCUGGCAUCUUCGUGUGGUCGGCACUCAUCGUCACCUUCCACCAGAUCUACACACACCUGAGGAAUUACACCAUGCCCAAGGAGCAGCGCUACAUCAUCCGCAUCCUCUUCAUCGUGCCCAUCUAUGCCUUCGACUCCUGGCUCAGCCUCCUCCUCCUCGGCAGCCACCAGUACUAUGUCUACUUUGACUCGGUUCGUGACUGCUAUGAAGCUUUUGUGAUUUACAGCUUCCUGAGCCUAUGCUUUGAGUAUCUUGGAGGGGAGAGCAACAUCAUGACAGAGAUCCGAGGGAAGCCCAUUGCAUCCAGCUGCUUUUAUGGGACCUGCUGCCUUCAGGGUAUGUCUUACUCCAUCGGGUUCCUGCGCUUCUGCAAGCAGGCCACACUGCAGUUCUGCAUCGUGAAACCCCUCAUGGCAAUCGUCACCAUCAUCCUGCAGGCGUUCGGGAAGUACCACGAUGGAGACUUCAAUGUCCAUAGUGGAUACCUCUACAUCACCAUCAUCUACAACUUCUCCGUCAGCCUGGCACUUUACGCACUCUUCCUCUUCUACUUCGCCACCAUGGACCUGCUGCGCCCGUUUGACCCGGUCCUCAAGUUCAUCACCAUCAAGGCAGUCAUCUUCCUCUCCUUCUGGCAAGGGACGCUGCUGGCAAUCCUGGAGAAAUGCGGGGUGAUCCCUGAAGUUCAGAUCAUCGAUGGGAAGGAGGUGGGAGCUGGGACAGUGGCUGCUGGCUACCAGAACUUCAUCAUCUGCAUUGAGAUGCUGUUUGCUUCCAUUGCCCUGCGCUACGCGUUCACCUGCCGAGUGUACAGGGAGAAGAAAGAGAACUCGACAGCAAACCUUGCCCCGAUGCAGAGCAUCUCGAGUGGGCUGAAGGAGACCAUCAGCCCCCAGGACAUCGUGCAGGAUGCCAUCCACAACUUCUCGCCCACGUACCAGCAGUACACUCAGCAGUCAAUGCAGGAAGCAGAGUGCAAGGCACCAGGGCAGAACGGGCACGUGGCCUCCAAAAUGGAUGGCCAGAGCAGCAGGAAGAGCAAAAACAUUGAGAAGAGAGUGCUGAUCCUGUCAGAUGAGGAACUGUAGGAGAUAUCAGAAGGAACAGUGACACUGGAAAGAUUUAAACCCAUGCAAAUGGGAGGUGCCUCGAGGCUGAGACAACCUGGUCUAAUCAGAGCACUGGGAAGCCAGGAACUCUACCCAAAAAGCCAGUCUCUCGAAGGGAAGAUGCAAUAACCCAAGGAAAGGUUAAAUCAAACAGUGCCAGCUUCUGCUGUCCCAUCUCUCCUGCUGUUACGGAUGAGGCUGUGUUUGACCCUGCAUUGCUGCCCCACUGCUGGUGCCUCUGUGCCAGCCCCGUGCCAACACUGGGGGAUGCCAGGCAGGCAGGGGAGCCAGGGUGCAGGACAGACCAGCUGCCCUCACUCUCCUCUUACCUCUAAGCAGUGCUGAGGCCUGAGAGAAAUGCUUUUCUCAGCACAGUUCUGUUCUAGUUUCUCCCAAUUUGAGUAAAAAAUGAUCUCCAAGGGCCCCGUGGAGAAAACUAGCCCAGGAAGGUGACUUCGCUUCACCUCAAAACCCGGUAAUGGUUGAAAGACGUCAUUCCUUAUUUUUACAUCUUUUCCCCUCUCCUUCUCCCAGAAAAGCCUACAGAGUUGAGCAAAAGACCUUUACCAUGGAAGAAGAGCAAGUAAUCUUCUUCUUCUCCCUCCAGAUGUGGAUGCAGCUGUCUGAGUAACUCCCCCGGGAGCUCAGGCAGGACCUCACUGGGGCUAAUCAGAGGUCUGCAGCUGCAUUUCUGAGAUCUGCAAGUGACAGAAGUGCUUGUUUAUGUCUAAAGCAGCUUAUCUCUGAAUGGAUCAGAAGUUAAAAGGGAUUCCAGCUUCCUUAUCAGAGUCUUUAUUAGGGAACUGGACUGUGACUGGUGGUGGUAGGAAUUCAUUUACUGGGAACUGUCUGUUCCUCCUCAUCCUUCACUAUUCCUGGUCCCUGGGCAUUGCCUGACCUGUGGGAAGGCAGGUGGGAGCUGAGCCCAGUUGGGUGACCAUCGUGGGGAUAGAGAGGUGCUGGGGGAUGUCACCACUCAGGGCAGGACCACUGGUAGGGGAAGAGCCUGAAAGGAGAGAUUUUCCCUGUAUCAGUGAUGGAGAGUGCACAUCCUUCUGUUAAAUUUCCUCUCUGUUUUUUCCCCCCCCAGUUUUCAGUCUGAUUUCUAUUCCCUUGUAAUCAGAUGAUCUCUGUGAACUUACCUAGGCACUGGUUGGGCUGUUGUCUGGGGUGGGAGCUGGGUAGUGGAAGGACGAGGGCAAGUCUGCAGCCUCAGAUUUGCAGUCAUGUGGCAAACAAACCGAUAGGUAAGGCCUGGAGCCCUGUUACACACAACUCCAAGCGUUUGGGUCCUUUUUACCCCCCCGCUCUUAAACUGCAAAAUGUAAAUCAUAACAUGAAAUUAUUUUAUUUAUUUCUUUUUUCUAAUAAACAGCAAUU